UAGCAACAUGACAAAGGCCCUUUGAUGAUGCCUUAGUCAUGUUGCUAGGCAACGUGACAAAAAGCCCAAGUCAAGACCCAUUGAUGUCACCAACUGCUUUAUGAUGUCAUGAUGACUAUACCAACCUGAUGUUGGUGCUUUGUUAGUUACUAAUUAAUUAAAAAAUAGAAAAAAACAACAAGAGAUAAAAGGUAUACAAUUCUAAAGAUAAAGGGAAUAGAAUCAGGGUUUAGUGAUGUCAUAGAUCUCACGUGACAUCAAUGCCCUUAUGUAAUGAUGAUGUCAGAGCACCUGAUGUGAGUUUGUCAUCAUGACAUCAUAUGACAUCACAUGACAUCACAUGACAUAAUGUGACAUAUUGUAGACUGCCACUCUAGUCCACAUAUACAUCUCAGAUUUCUAGUCAAAACAUUCGCUGUGGUUGAAGAGAUCUAAGGUUAUUGCUCUAGAAAGAGUACUUUGGAAACGCACUUGGAGCUCAUUCUUUGCAGAGACAAAAAGCUUUUGUUUCUGAAAUCUUCUGGAAACUCUGUAAUUUCUGUUAUUUUACACCUAACAAGUGGUAAAAAUGCCCUGUGUAACUAAGGCAAACAGGCGCAACAAUCCAAGCCCAAAACUGAGUCAAGUUCUGGAGGAACUCAACACGCUGAAAAAGGCCCAUGAAAACCUCAUCCAGGACAAAAAAGGCCAGGCUCUUUCUACCAAGGUGGAAGCUCUUGAGCAUGAAAAUGCUCAAUUGAAGAAAGAACUAGAAGAACUUGCUGUUCCAACUGACACCAAAGAGUUGAGACAGAAAUUCAACAACUUAAAAGAAGAGAAAGAUCAGACGACUGAAGAACAGUUGACCCUGAAACAGGCCAACCUUGACAUGGUCUGGGAGCUGGAAGAGUGCAAGGCCGUGUUGAUCCAACAAAUGGACAUCAAUGACAAAAAUGAAGCUUGCAUCAAAAAGCUGAAACAGCAGCUUAAAGAUUUCAAAGAGCAGAAGGCUGCAAAGGGAGGCAAAGGACCCAAACCAGACACCAACAAAGCCUUUGAGGACCUUGAAAGAAAAUAUCAGGAGUCUCAAGAGGAAAAUGAGGAACUAAAGGCAGAAAAUCAAGUUCUGGUCAAUGAAGUUGAAGAUUUGGAGAAAGAAAAUGCUGACCUAAACAAGAAACUGGAGGUCUCUGCUCAGCAUGAAUCCACAAUCACUGAGCUGAAAGAGCAACUGAAGAAACAUGAGGAGGAGAAAAAGGCUCUCCUUGAAUUGAAGAAACUCAAGGAAAAAGAAGCAGAAGAUGCAAAAAGGGAGUUGGAAGAAAUGAAGGCAAACAAAGAGAAGAAAACAGUCUCUGUACAGACUGACUCUGAUGCUGAGGAGAAGAAAACAGUCUCUGUACAGACUGACUCUGAUGCUGAGGAGAAGAAAAUAGUCUCUGUACAGACUGACUCUGGGAAUCAGGAAUGCAUCACCAAAGAGGGAGAAACCACACAAGAACAGGUUGAGGUAGAAGAAGAGGAACCAAAGAAAGGAAAGAAGGUUAAGAGGUUUUCCUUCACCAAAUUUUGGCGCAGAUUGUUUUGCUCUAAAAAAGUCAAGCAAGCGACUGCACACAGUUAAAAAAAAGAUCAACCCAGUCUUAAAAAAAGGGGCUGCAUGGUAAGGUUUGCAUGUUCUUUCCAUGCAUGCGUGGGUUUUUCUCUGGGUGCUCCAGUUUUCCCCCCACAACCAAAAAUAGAAAAGAUGUAAAUCAUGAUUGGUCAGGGUUUAGAAGCUAGUGGGAGUGUGUGCAGUGAUUGAGUUCAACUUUUAUGUUUUGUUUUUUUUUUAAUUGAAAA